AAAACAAGAAAAACUACACGCAACAUGGACGCGCCUUCGUCGCAACUGCAUUCGGAAAUGCGCGACGCCGUCGUUCGCGCGCUUGCAACGCGCCGGCCAAUCCUCCACCACUUGAACGCCGACACAUCGUGGCUCCUGCAAAUCCCGCGCCCGGCCAACGCAGUCAAGCACGGCAGCCGCAUAUACUACAACAUCCUCAUCGACCCGUGGUUUGUGGGCGGCCAAAGCGACGUGGCACGGUGGUUCAGCCAGCAAUGGCACGCCACGGAGAGCGCGGUCAAGAGCAUAGCUGAGGUCGAGGAACUCGCGCGCCAAGUGGAGAUUGUAGCGGGGGGCUCGCGGACCGGCAAGGGGAGGAAGCGCAGGAUUGUGGAGGAGGCGGACGAGGAGAGUUAUGUCGAUUGUGUGGCUAUUAGCCAUGAAUUUACAGAUCAUUGUCAUAAGGAGACGCUCUUGGAAGUCCAUGGUGAUGUACCUGUUUUCGCGACAGAGCAAGCAGCAACCCUCAUAUCCUCAUGGAACCAUUUCCGCACCGUAACAACCACACCCACAUUCGCCGACCACGCCGACUGGCACGACUACAGUCUCUCGCCGCUGCCGGCCUGGCUCAGCAUCUCGCGGCUCACGGCCGCAGACGACCCGCUCUACUUCCACUCGGCACUCCUCUUCACCUUUGCAACCCACCCGUUUCUCUCCAACACAACGCCCCGAAAACGGCUGUCGACCCUCAGCAUCAACGGCGACGGCACAGAAGACCUGGCGCACGGCGCCACCGCCGAAGCAGCCGAAUGCCUCGUCUACACGCCCCACGGCAUCCCGCACACAGCGCUCUCCCCAAUCGCAACUGCAGACCCCGCGCUGCACACCCUCGCCUUCCUGCACGGCCUCCACGCCGUGUCCAUCUCAGCCGCCCACACACUCAAUCUCGGGGCCAAAAACGGCGUCCGCGCCCAGCGCGUGCUGCGCGCCAAGUACUGGGUUGCGACCCACGAUGAGGUUAAGAGUGGUGGCGGCUUUAUCAGCUGGUUUCUGAGGAGGAAGGUGUGGACGCUUGAGGAGGCGCUGAGCGAGGCGCUGAAGGAGGUGCGUGGUGCGGAGCCCGAGGCCGAGUGGGAGGAUGUUAGGUUUCAGGAGGUGGGGAAUGGCGAGAGUAGGGUUUUGGAGUAGCUAAUUAUUGGAGAUGAAGAGGAUAAUCAUGUGUGUUGUUGUUGUUGUUGUUGGGCAUGGUGUUGGGCAUGUUUAUUGGGGUGAGAGAUUUUUUUUUUUUGCUUUUCGGUUCUGGCAUUGAAAGGGAAGGGAUAUCUUGUGUGCAUGUGUCUGUG